AUGUUUAUUUCUUCAAAAAUAUCAGAUGAACACACUGAAAAAAAUAAGUCGCCGUCGUUGAUGCAGAUGCGUACAGUUUCACCGACAUCAUGCGAAAGUUCAUAUAUUGGGAACUGUAUGGAUGAAAAUAGGUCGCCUUUGGUGCAGCUGCAUACAGUAUCGCCGAUAACGAUACCGAGCAACGAUAAAUCAUUGAUAAUAGAAGAAGAAUGUGAAGAUUCUAUGAGUGAAACCCAUAAGGGCGAUCUAAAUCCCACAAAAAAUGGCAAACCAGUUAUUGACGUUUAUGUUGACGGUGUUUGGUGUACUCGCUCCUAUGGAAACAACUAUAGGGCUCUAUCAGGAGUUGCUGCAAUAGUUGGAAGAAGAUCCGGUGAGGUUCUCUGUAUCGGCGUAAAAAACAAAUAUUGCUUAAUAUGCGCAAGAGCUGAAAAAAAGAAAGAAACUCCAAAGCAACAUGUAUGUUAUAAAAAUUAUGAGGGCUCGUCAUCUGGCAUGGAGGCUGCUAUAAUUUGUGAGGGGUUCAUGAAAUCUGUUGAAAUGUAUGGUCUAAUUUAUGAGAACGUAAUAGGAGAUGGGGUUUCCGGUCGGUAG